CCGUCCCUUCGCUCGAUGUGUCUCAGUCCGAGUUUUGAACUCUUCUGCUGCCCUUACUCCUGGCAGCUGCGCAUGGAAAGGAAAGCCCAGCCCAGCCCAGCCUCCCCCCCGCCACCCCACUGGUGCCCUUGUAAGGCUGUGCCGGAGGUCGACGGUGACAGCGGAAAGAGAGUGAAGGAGAAAGACAGGAAGAAGAAGGAGAAGAGGGCGCAACGCAGGGCGAAGAGAAUGAAAGCCCUUCUGGCUUCACGCUUGGGGUCCCUCCGGGUUUUCUCUACCUCCAGCCGGCAGCUGAAAAACAAAGUCCCGGAAUACCAGAAGAUUUUCCAGGAGGACAACGGCCUUCCGGUGCACCUCAAAGGGGGGACUGUGGAUUUCCUGCUCUACCGCUUCACCAUGGCCCUCACUGUCUUUGGUGCUGCCUACUCCGUCUUUGAACUGGUCCGUGCUGCUUUCCCCAGGAAGAACAAGUGAGAAUGGAAAAGCAGCCCCUCCCUCGCCAGCACCCCCCUCCUGCUCCUCCUCCUGCCCCAGACCAAAGCGGUGGGGGGGGGAAUGAUACUUUGGAAGGAAACAUUACCAACCAUGUAGAUUUUAAGGAAACCUCACUUCCAAAGGGGGUGAGAGUGUAAGCUCCGUUUAAAGGGAAAACCCAAUAAAAUCAAAAGACUCGUCCUUUUAAAA